UCAAAGUUCAAACUUCAAUUUGCAAGGCCAAAUUCCUGGCAAAAAAAAAAAAAACGAAAUGUAGGACUCUUUCACAAGCAAACACUUAUUUUUAAAUUUCUGCACCAUCCUGUUCAUUGUUUUGAUAAUUUAAUGAUAUCCUGAAACUAUCUUGGUCAACUUGUGGGAUUUUAUUGAACUUUCAGAUUGAGAAAGAAUUUUGUUUCUUUGCUUUGCACAGGCUGGUGAAAGAAGGAACAAUACUGUUACUUUUGGAAGGAUCCUGACAUGGGUUUUUUGCUUGGUGGUUCAAGAUUUAUAAGAGUUCAUGAUAAUUUUCAAGUAGCAGACCUCAGCACAAUCGAAGAAAACAAAGAUGAAGAGAUUCAUAAUGGAAAAACAGGAAAAUCUCUGAGAGCAAAAGUACUGCAUAGAGUGUUCUCAGAGGAUUUUGAGAGAGCAAAGAACAAAAUAUUGGAUCCUAGAGGCAAAAUUAUUCGAAAAUGGAGCAGGAUUUUCUUUGCAGCAUGCUUGGUUUCAUUGUUUGUUGACCCUUUAUUCUUCUUCUUACCGAUAGUUAGAGGAGAUGCGUGCAUAGACAUUACAACACCUUUCAAACUCAUUCUCACCAUCAUAAGAUCAAUGGCAGAUAUCUUCUAUUGGAUUCAUAUAUUGGUUAGAUUUCAUACAGCUUACGUCGCUCCUUCUUCUCGUGUACUUGGAAGAGGAGAGAUUGUUAUAGAACCUUCAAAAAUUGCAGAGAGGUAUCUGCACAAAGGAUUUUGGUUAGACCUUGUUGCUGCCUUACCCCUUCCUCAGAUGCUGAUUUGGGUAAUAAUCCCUCAUCUUGAAGGUUGGGCUGUGAUAAACACAAAGAAUAUCCUUUGGUUUAGCAUCCUGUUUCAGUACCUAGCUAGAGUCUAUCUUGUAUUCCCACUUUCUUCACAAAUUGAGGCCACUGGUAUUAUGAUGCAAACAGCAUGGGCAGGAGCAGCUUACAACCUUUUGCUUUUCAUGUUAGCUGGCCAUGUUUCAGGAGCUUGCUGGUACCUUUUAUCAAUUGAGAGACAGGAAGAAUGCUGGAAUAGAGCCUGCAAUCUUGAGAAGCCAUACUGCCCAAAUCGAUAUUUCGAUUGCCGCAACACUCAAGAUCCUACAAGGGUUGACUGGUUCCAGUCAAGCAAUGUUACAAAUCAAUGUCAACCAAACAGUGAACUGAAUUAUCAGUUUGGCAUAUAUGGUGAUGCAGUGUCAUUAAGAAUUGCAGGUUCAGCUUUUUUGAACAAAUACUUCUAUUGUCUCUGGUGGGGUUUAAAAAACCUGAGUACUCUAGGACAAAAUCUAGUUACAACCAUUCAUGUUGGAGAAAAUAUUUUUGUUACCAUUGUCGCGAUUCUUGGUCUUGUACUCUUUGCAUUGCUCAUUGGCAACAUGCAAAGAUUCCUUCAGUCUGUGACUAAGCGAUUAGAAGAGUGGAGGAUCAAGAGAACAGAUACAGAAAAAUGGAUGCAUUACAGGCAGCUAAGUCCUCAGGUAAAGCAGUCCAUUAGGAAGUAUGAACAGUAUAAGUGGCUGGCUACCAAAGGUGUUGAUGAACAAUCCCUUAUCAAAAGUCUUCCGAUAGAUCUUCAAAGAAAGGUUAAACGUCACCUAUGCUUUGAUCUCGUUCGACGAGUGCCAUUGUUUGAUCAAAUGGAUGAAACAACACUGGAUGCAAUCUGUGAGAGGCUAAAGCUUGAAUUAUGUGCAAAAGGUAUGUUUCUGCUGCAUGAAGGUGAUCCUGUGAACCAAAUGCUGUUCAUAAUUCGAGGGGAACUUGAUUCUUACACCACCAAUGAUGGAAGUACUGGAUUCUUCAACUCAAGCAGAAUUGGCCCUGGUGAUUUCUGCUGUGAAGAGUUGCUGACAUGGGCUUUAGACUUGCACUCAACCAUCAUCCUACCUUCAUCCACCUGUACUGUCAAAGCUAUUUCUGAAGUGGAGGCAUUUGCUCUUACAGCAGAAGACUUGAAAUUUGUAGCAGCUCAGUUUAAAAGGCUACAUAGUAAACAAGUUAAGCACAAACUCAGAUUUUAUUCUCAUCAGUGGAGAACAUGGGCAGCUUGUUUCAUACAAGCAGCAUGGCGUCGACACAAGAGAUUGAAGGAAAUGACUGAAGAUCAAUCAGAAUCACUCUGGGCUUUAUGUGCAGAUAAUCAAGCUGCAGGUGUCAUGAGGAGUUUCAAAUAUAAACCACAAUCUGGGUCAGAUGCUUUUACUUUGAGCUCAGUGCAGAAGCCCACUGAUCCAGAUUUUUCAGUAGACUCAAAGUGACUUAGCUAUGAAUCUCAAGAUGUUCACUUCUUAAGAAAUUUAACUUUAGUAUUCUAUCCUUUUGAAUUACUUGUUAGAUUUGUUGAAAUGACUAUGUUGGUUUACCAUCAUAUAGUAAUAAGAACUUCCUAUAACAUGCACAUAGAUUUAGGUGCAUACAUAGUCACACAAUCAUAGUACAAGAACGAUUAAAAAAAUGUACGACAAAUUUUU